AUGACAAAGGCACUUGAAGUCUCUACUUUUUUUAUUAGUUCCUAUUCUUCUGUGAUUCUGUAUUACUCUUACCCCGUAGCCCCUUCUGGCUCUAUUGUCGUUUCUUAUUUUUUAUUCCAUUUCUCACUCUUAGUUCACUUCUCAUCGCAUCGCAUCGCAUCUUUCACGAUGAACACCUCUCAGGAGCUCACCCGCUUUUUGAGAGGAAAAGGUGGCUCGCUACACGAAAAGAUAGCUCUUUGCAAUCAGCUAGUGCAAGAUCAACUCGAUGUAUAUCUUCCUUUCAAGGAAGUUUUCGUUCUUGAGCUUGCUUGUGACAGACUCAAUGACAACAAGAAGGAAUACACAAACUGGAAAUUGGCACCAGAAGUUUGGGAUUUGUUGACACAUAUAGUUUCAAAGUACCCUGAAUCUUCUUCCAGAUCAUUAAAAAGACUCAGAUUUGUGGAAUCGAUCAUCACUAUUAUAGAACAAGGUGCUCCAGAAAUCAUCACCAAUACACUUCCUGUCGCCAACUUUCUUCUAGACCACUCCAUAAUGACAGCAGAUGCAAACAGCACCCAAUUGAUGCUAGCACUUGUUUUGAAUGCUGUGAACACCAAAAAAAUUGUCGACAGCAAAGUUCUUUCCACAAUCACAAAAAUAUACCAUUUACCAAGACGAUCAGCCAGAUAUAAACCCGCAAAGAAAACCACCUCCCAAUUCUUUGAGUCUUGCUUAGUACCACUUUUGAGGUACCUCACGUCAAACCAAAAAGAUGAUAACUAUGACCAACUUCAUCAAAUUUUCAUUUCUGGCACCUUCUCCAAAGACUCCACGCUGCUGCUCAAGGAAAACAUUGGUCGGCUCGUAAAAUCGCUCAAUCUCAAAGAUGACAACACAGACUCCAUCAAAUACUUAUUCCACUACGUUGUGGCACGCUCAUCCAAAGAUAUAAAGCUAUGUGAAGAGAUCUUUUUGGUUCUUACGGAGAACCAAAAGUCAUUGACAAAUACCCUUCUCGAAACCUUAUCCGGUGCCAACCGGGUUCUCUCGUCCUCAUUUUUCGAGACUUUGUACUCGGAACACAAACAGAACCAUCAACUUGUGGGAUCAUUGAUUGAUUUGGAUGCAAGUUUAGGAGUGAAACAUGCGGCCGAAAUUGCAUCAUCCCUCACAGAAUCUGACGAAAUACUAUUGGGGAAGUUAUUCAAUGCUUUCAUACGAGUACGUGAUUACUCCUCAUUCUUUCUUGACAUCUGGUUGAGCAACGCAGACAACGGUGGAGUUUGGCAAUCUCCAAGUGUCAUCGAUAUCGUUGCAUCAAAAGUUCCCGGAUUGACCUUGAAGUCUCUACUAGAAGUCUUGAAUGAAGUGUUGAAAAACCACGUUCAGUCACUGUAUUCUGUUCUCUUGAUAUCAAUACUAAAGGGCCUUUUAAACUGUGAUGAUUCUCGUCGCAAUGCUAUGAGAGAACAAAUUGUCAAUUCAAAUCUACCAAAUUCACAGGAUUGGAAAGUGAGAUUCUACUGCUCCAUUCUCUACGGUGACGAUGGUAAAAUUGAUUCGAAAGCAGACUAUAAUGACAUCUACUUUUUUUACACCAGGUUCCGUCACAUCGAACUAGGAAAUACCACGGACUCAUGUUCCACCAAAUUCAUUGAACUCAUCAAAAAACUUCCAAAGGAUGAACAAGAGAAGCAUCUUUUUACAGUUUACAGAAGAUGGCCCAAAAUACUAGCUCGUCAUUUUGAGCCAGAGAACCUUGAAGAAUUACUCGAUCUUUUUCUUGAGGUAGAUGGUCAUAUUGAAUACUUUGAAAAGGAGGCUGAAGUAUUCUUUGAAGAGAAGAGACUCAACAGACUGUUGGUAGCUUGCUUGAUAAAGAAGUUGAAGAAACAUCCAAAGGAAAAUAUGUUCAAAUUGGGAACUGCUAUACCUUCCGCGUGCUUUGAGAGACACGAAAGACGCACCAUAAUUGAAAACUUGGUAAGCUCACCAAAUUCAGAAGACAAUGAACAAUCGCUAUUGGAGUUGAUUUGUCACAUACUUGACGAACCCACAUUUGCAUCGAACUUGGAGACAGAUAUAAGCACAUUGUUCUCAUUUAUUGAAAGAUUUGUGGGUACCCUGUUCGAGUCAAAUUCAUUACAGAUUUUCCAGAAAAUCUGGCUUGCUCAUACUGCUCAAAUCAAUGAUGAGAAACAUUGGAGCUACGUUAGCAAAGUUUUGGAGACUUUGCUGAGCAGCUUGAACAAGAAAGCCAAUUUACAUGGGGUUUUAUGCAAGGCAAUCUUCAGCACCGAGACUACUACUUAUAAAGGAAAAUUGCUUCCUUUACUCCAAGACUUGUUUUCCAAAUUAAUUAAAGAAAUCCUAGAAUCAUUGAAGAGAACCCCAAGCAGUGAACUUUUGAAUACACUCAAAGAGGUUUCCAUAUUUGACCGUGGCUGUAUUGCUAGAACUACAUUAAACAAGUUGGCUUCCCAAAUAUCAAAGGAGCUGGUAACUGAUGCUCUUAACUUGUUUUGCUUGCUUUGCAAUAUUGAGCAUGAACGGUUCGAACAAGCAUUACAUGUGUUAGCUGUUUACACAACUUUGGUUCCAAUGUCUAAUUCUGGAGAGUUAGACUCUGCAUUGUGUGCUUAUGGCACUUCACUUGUUACAAAUCCAGAUCAUUUCUUGGCUACUGUCAAGUAUGUUCUCUACUCUUUCAGCCAAGACCCUGAGCCUGAAAAUCGAUACAUUUACUUGAGAGCCUUAUCGUGUCUCUUAAACUCCAAUGAACCAGGAAACGAUAUAAUACGCCCAUUUGUGGCUAUCUUAUCCGCCGACGCAGAUUCCAUUGUUACAUGCGAGAGAAACUUGAAACUCAGUUUGCAGAUUUUGGCAAAGCAAUUAGCAAGUGUCAGAAUUGGACAAUACUCCUUCGAGUUGGUAGUUGCAUUUGUGACCAAGGUCUCUCACUCUUUGCUGCUGAACAGCUUUGAAGAUGUUGAUAGCAUUUACAAGACCUUAACUCAGAUUGCUUCAGCAUUACUUCUUUUUCAUCGAGUAAGAAUGUCUUCUCGUCACCAUCUCAUUACUGAUAUGUUCUGUGCUUUAAUGGAACCUUUGACACUUCUGGGAAACAAGCAUUUGGCGCAGUCUUCUAUGGCUGUCGAAUAUUAUACUCGUGUAGUCAGCAACCUUUGUGAGCCCAAAUUCAAGGCUCAGAGAACGGGCUCUCUGACCCUCAAUUCAGCUUCUGCAUCAGCAAAGAGAUCUUUGAGAAAACAUCUUCCAGUCAUUUUAUUGUCAUUCAUACAUUAUUCACUCAACUCAAGAUUUGGAGAUAAAACACUGGAAGAACUUCUUGCUUGCAUGAGUAUCGUCUUUGAUACAAUAUCUGAUUCUGAAUUACAAAUAGUGAAUGCGUCGUUGGAUCUUCCAGGAAAGCUGUACAUGAAGUUGAUAUACACCAGGUACAAGGAAAACUACAAGUGGAAGACCACUUAA